UCCUAAUCCGAAAGGAAAGCUUGAUUACCUAUAAAAGCCCCAUUUUCUUCGAUACAGGCGCAAGAAACAGCAACCCCAUUACCCAUAAUUAUUUAUUCUUUUGUUUCCAUUGUUUUGAGCUCUCGCUUUGUCUUCAAGGCUACUUGAACAGCGAUUCUAAGCCAAAGCCAAAAACACUUUGAACGCUUUUUCUUUGUCGCUGAAUUUUCUUGUGUUUUCUUUUCAAUUUAAAGGUGCCGUAUACUCUUUUCCUAUUUAAUUCUUUACUUUAUUUUUUUGAGUUCAAUUAUUGUCUGGCUCUGUGUUGACGAAAUGGCUUCUCUUAAUCUAACCUCUCAAUCUCAAUCUUUAUUUAACAAAACCCACCUCCAAGUAUCCCCAUCUCUCUCUCUUUCCACUGCUAUCCAAUCCGGUUUUGUACCCAAAACAGCUUCUUUUCAGUUUCAAGUCCCGGUAACUCCGAGAAUUGUGAAUAUGCCCUUGAAAGCUGCUGCUAUUGUGUCCUCCACCACUGCGGAGAAACCCCAAAAGCGCUACCCAGGUGAGGCUAAGGGGUUUGUGGAGGAGAUGAGAUUUGUGGCGAUGAAGUUGCAUACCAGGGAGCAGGCUAAAGAAGGGGAGAAGGAGGUUGAGAAGCCGGAGGAGCGGGCUGUUCCCAAAUGGGAACCUUCCGUAGAGGGUUACUUGAGGUUUUUGGUGGAUAGCAAGUUGGUUUAUGAUACUCUUGAAUCCAUUGUUGAUAAGGCGGCUUAUUCUUUUUGUGAGUUUUGCUUUGCCUAAAAGGUUAUUGGAUUUUAUGCUUGAUAGUUGAUACCCUUUUAUUAACUUGGUCAGUUUUUGGUUGUGUUAAUGAUUUCCUGGAUGAUUUAUUUGGUCAUAUUUUGUUGGAUGACUUGUCCUGGUACGGAUUCAUGAUUGUGGUUGGAUUGCCUGAUGGAUUGUGUUAUUACGGCUUCUGUUUUGGAAUA